AGUACUUUACACCACUGUAAAAUACGAUAUACAAACAACAUAAGUUUGACUAGUCAAAUAUACUAUGCUUUAUUUAUACUAUUGUCAAUCGCUGUCCGAGGUCCUGAUUCCUGACCCUCUCCUGGCUUCAUCUACAAUCGGCGUGGCAAGAUGGUCGAUUGACCGCUCUAACAAUCGAGAUCAGGUGGGAACAUUCUAGCCAAUGACAGUGCAGAGACCCGUGUGAACUGGCACAACCGAUCAAAAUAAAUAAUCGUCGCAAUGUCACGUGCAGGACACAUCAGUACACUCUUAACUUAAGUAUUAUGAAACGUAUAUUUGAUAAAAUAAGCCUCACCUAUCAAAAUAGCAAUUCACUUGUAUCUUCACUAGAUUCGACGCUCAUUGCUUCCCCUCCAUACAAAACUCCUCACUUGGUCUGCUUAAACGCUUAUUUUCACGCGGACAUAUUUUGGGCGGAGUCGCCUCUGGUUAACCAACUUCUGCUCCCCCUUCGUUUUCUCUUAGGAUGGCCCACAAGUGUAGAGAUUUAUCCGACAACCAAUCAUGUACUUCUCACUGUGGGGCAUUGGGAAGACAAUGAUAGAGGCCUCUAAGCGGCCCAAAAUAUAUAUUCGGAUGGGAAGUGCCAUUGAGGGCUUCCACCAUUGAAAUGAAGUCAACUGGGUGUGACUUCCAACUUAAUUGAAUGAUCCCGCCUGAUGACUCUGUUAGCCUCAUGCCCAACCGGGUCAUCAGGACGGAUCAGCCAAUCAUGAAGAAAAUGUACUACUUCAAAAUUGAGAUUGACAGCAUCGGCAGGGCAGGCAGACGCUAUAAUGGCACAGAUACAAAUAUGAGUCCUAUCUAGCUUUAUGGGCGAGACAAUAGUUGCAAAGUCAAAGAGUAAUUUGCAUGGUUUGAGUCGAGUUUUCUGUGAGAAAUAGCAUAGGCGGCGUUUAAACAAGCCCAAUCUCUCUUUACUCCCGUGACGUUUUAUUCUCUGCUGGCCUGCGCCGCUCAAUUCGCCGGUAGUGGGAUACCUCCUUGCGCAGAUCUGGGGAAGAAAAUGCUCGAACUGGUAGAUGGGUGCUCGUGUGGCUUUUCUACGACGCAAUUGUUCACAUUACCUUGGGAAGGAGUAUGGAAAGGCAGAUGAGCGCUGGCUCCACUCUGACCCCACCAUCGUCUCCCUGGAGCUGCUGACGGUGGUCCUGGACGGCAUCCUGGCGCUGGUGCUUGUCUAUGCCAUCGUCAAGGACAAACACUACAGUGUUAGCGGGGACAGUGGUGGCCUCACAGCCCCUGCUUCUCCCUCCCCUGUGCCCCCCGUCCUCACCCCGACCCCCCCACCGCGGAGAGCCAGAGUGAGGUACCCAGCCAUGGUGGACGUGGGGAAGUGGCCCCUCUUCACCCUGCUGGGGGCUCAGGAGGUCUCCAGCAUCAGGCAGGCCUGUGUCUUCGGAACCUCAGCCAACGAAGCCAUCUACAUCACCCAGGACGAUGAGGUGUUUGUGUUUGGGCUGAACUGCAGUAACUGUCUGGGGACAGGAGACAGUCAGAGCACCAUGGUCCCUAAGAAACUAGACUUCCUCCGAGGCAAGAAGGUGGUCAGUCUCAGCUAUGGCAGUGGACCACACGUCUUACUGGCCACAGAAGGGGGAGAGUUGUUUGCCUGGGGGCACAAUGGAUACAGCCAGCUGGGCAACGGGACCACCAAUCAGGGGGUGUCACCCAUCCUGGUUUCAACCAACCUGCAGAACAAGAAAAUAACACAAGUGGCCUGUGGGUCCCAUCACUCUCUGGCCCUGACACACGAUGGAGAGGUGUUUGCGUGGGGUUACAACAACUGUGGCCAGGUGGGUUCAGGUGCCACAGCCAACCAGCCAACCCCCCGCAGGGUGACCAACUGCCUGCAGGGUAAAGUGGUGAUGGGCAUCGCCUGUGGACAGACCUCCUCUAUGGCCGUGCUCGACAACGGGGAGGUGUUUGGCUGGGGCUACAACGGGAAUGGCCAGCUGGGAGUGGGCAACAACGGUAACCAGCUGACCCCCUGUCGCCUGGCAGCCCUCCAGGGUCUCUGUGUACUACAGAUCGCGUCAGGCUACGCCCACUCCCUGGCUCUAACAGACGAGGGCCUGCUGUAUGCCUGGGGGGCGAACACCUACGGACAGCUGGGUACUGGCAACAAGAGCAACCAGCUCAGUCCUGUACACAUCAUGGCUGAGAAGGAGAGGGGAGAGGGAGAGUGGCCCGCCGUAGGCAGCAAAAGAACAAGGGAAAACACUGAAGAGGCGUGGCACAGAGAGACAGACAGGAUAGUGGAGAUCGCGGCGUGCCACUCCACACACACAUCUGCCUGUAAGACCCAGAGCGGCCAGGUGUACAUGUGGGGCCAGUGUAGGGGUCAGUCCAUCGUGCUGCCACACCUCACACACUUCUCCUGCACUGACGACGUCUUCGCCUGCUUCGCUACGCCGUCUGUCAUGUGGAGGCUACUCUCCAUGGAGUAUGAUGACUUCCUGACUGUGGCCCAGUCUCUGAGGAAAGAGUUCGACAGCCCUGAGACGGCCGACCUCAAGUUCAGCGUGGACGGGAAAUACAUCCACGUACAUAAGGCCGUGCUCAAAAUCCGGUGCGAACACUUCCGCUCCAUGUUCCAGUCCCACUGGACAGAGGACACGAAGGAGGUGAUUGAGAUCGACCAGUUCUCCUACCCCGUCUACCGCUCCUUCUUGGAGUUCCUCUACACUGACAACGUAGACCUGCCCCCAGAGGACGCCAUCGGCCUGUUGGACCUGGCCACAUCCUACUGUGAGAACCGUCUGAAACGUCUGUGUCAACACAUCAUCAAGAGAGGCAUCACCGUGGAGAACGCCUUCUCUCUGCUCUCUGCCGCCGUGCGAUACGACGCUGAGGACCUGGAGGAGUUCUGCUUCAAGUUCUGUGUGAACCACCUGACAGAGGUGACCCAGACUGCAGCCUUCUGGCAGAUCGAUGGCAACAUGCUCAAAGAGUUCAUCUGCAGAGCCAGCCGCUGUGGGGCCUUCAAAAACUGACUGACCACUAACCAGCCCCGAAGGAAGGAAGGACGAGGAAAGGGCUAGCAUGAACUGGUUUGGCUUGACACUACUUGGCCAUGGUAGAAAGGACAAAGAAAGAAAUGGUAUUAACAUGGAAACGGCUAGCUUGAACCGGAUCUCUAAAUUGCCAUAUUAUUAAUCCAUUGAGACAAUGUCUGGUGAGGUCAUCUGGUGACUAUGGCUCACCUCCAGUUACACAGCCAAAGAAGCCAAAUCCAAUCCCUGCCUAUGCACCUAAUAUUCCACACGGACAGGUGGCACUGUGGGGAGGAAGUUCCUUUACCAGUCAAAACGGUGACAUCAGAGUUCAUUGUCUGUCACUGCAUGUUUACAAACCUGCUAAAUGGCAUCACACUGCUCAGUUGGCGUCAGUUUAAUUGGAGGACCAUAGAUCUAGUUUAAGAUGGGGACACUGUUACAUGCCUGACAAUGUCUGGUGACGGCUGAGGCAGGCGAUGGCAGUCAAACCCCCCCCCCCCCCGAUUUGCAGACUUUUUUUGGGGGAUCAACAUUGUGUACUUUGCUCUACUGUUGAAGUGUUGGAUGUAGCUGGUCAGAAAUAUACUUUAUAGGGUUUAUGGUUCAGAGCCUGUGGAUGUUUUGAGGAAAUCACAGUUUCAAUAUGAAUUGUUAAUAUGCUGUGUACUGACAAAGUAGAGCGGAGCUUGUCAUUAAUUCAUGCCCGUUAUUUCUUGAGACUUGAGAUGAACAUGGUGAUGCAAUGCAACAAUGAGCAGGAAGUUGGUUUUCAACUCUUCAGUUCUUUUACCUGACAGAAAACAAAACAUUUGGACCAUACACAACUUGUUACUCUGUGUGAACUUUUUUAUUCUUACAAAAAUAGGUAUGUACAUUUUUUUACUAUUACUUAUUGCAUUCCUUUGGUUGAGAAUAUUGUUUUCAUUACUACAUUCUAAUUUACUUUGAAGCGAGUGUUUGUACUGAAAUUUAAAUUCAACGCAUUGUAUUCUUAGAUUAUUAUUUUUUCAGAAAUAAUUUGUUGCUCAUGUUUAUUUUUGCAAUUACAUUUAUUUUUGAAAUAUUUACAAUUAUUUAGGAUGGAAACAGUUGCUAUUGGUGCCACGAUUCUCAACAUGUUUAUUGACUUGCAAGUCAUGAGAAGCAACCACUUUGAAAUAAACAACUACAUUCUUGUACACAA